AGCUCUUCUUUGUAUUGGUUAGAAAAGCAUGGCUGGAUCCCUCGUAAACGUCAGUAACACCACUUUGGGGAGUGCGCGUUCUGCGGGUGACGCGCGCGACGAGCGCUUGGCUCGAGUGGAAAUCGCGCUUCUGUCCAUCAUCUUCAUCGCGGCAGGAAUCCUGAACGUCGGGCUCUUGUUGGUGCUGUGGAAGCGGAGGCAGCGACUCUCCCGGAUGCGCGUCUUCGUGUUCCACCUGUGCGUCGCCGAUUUGGUGGUCACACUUUUCCAAAUCUGUCCUCAGCUCAUGUGGGACAUAACCGACCGUUUCGUGGGUCCGGACGUCUUGUGUCGCGUGGUCAAGUACCUGCAGGUGGUCGGGAUGUUUGCCUCCAGUUACAUGGUCGUAGCGAUGACUAUAGACCGACAGCAAGCCGUCUGCCGCCCCAUGGUGGCGUUCCAGAGGCGCAGGGCGCGCUGGAACGGUCCGCUGUGCGCCGCCUGGUGCGUCUCGUUCCUCGGCAGCCUGCCGCAGAUCUUCAUCUUCUCUCGGGUGGAGGUCUCUCCCGGCGUGUACGACUGCUGGGCCCAGUUCAUUAAGCCGUGGGGACCGAGAGCCUACGUGACGUGGACGACUCUGGUGAUAUUCGUGGUGCCCGUCGUGGUGGUGAUCGUGUGCCAGGUGCGCAUCUGCCGCACCGUGCGCACUAACUUCCACGUGAAAAUGCGGCGCUCGGAGGAGGCGGCGGGUCAGCCGCCGUCCUCCUGGGCCAGCAGCGUGGCCGGGGUGUCCAAGGCGAGGGUGAAGACGGUGAAGAUGACAGUGGUCAUCGUGCUCGCCUACGUGGUCUGCUGGACGCCUUUCUUCACCGUGCAGAUGUGGUCCGUCUGGGACACCGAGGCGCCCACUCAGACUGCUACCUUUACCAUCUUGAUGCUGCUGGCCAGUCUGAACAGCUGUGCAAACCCCUGCAUUUACCUGCUGUUCAGCGGCAGGCUGACCCAGCUGCUGGUGGCCCUGAUGUGUGCGCGUCAGCUCGAUCGGAGGUCCGUCCAGGAGGAGGCCACCACGGUCAGCUCCAUUUACAUCAGCCCCAAGAGCCUGUCUGACUGUAGCGAAGGACUCCUUUGACGACCCCAAUCUCUCCAGAAACAUCUGCAUGAUCAUAUGCACGCAUAUUCUAUUACUCAGACGCUCUGUCCAAUGCAGUGCAACGGUUUGGUAUAAAAUGUACAACAUUCAUUGGAGGAUGAAUCCUACUGCCACAAGUUUGUGGAAAAGUAGACAAUUGGAUGUGAUUACAUGGAAUAUGUCUCGCGCUUUCUUUUCCCCCAGAGGAUAAUGUUUAUCCUCUAACCCCCACACCCCAAGAGCAUGAUCAGGUUCAGCUCUAGUUGGCCAAUGUUAGCACGCUAGCACAGACACAGGUAAUUAGCGUAAAAGUUACCUUGUAUAGCAUGUUGAAUUAACUAUUAGCACUCGUUUUAAAGCACCGGUUUUGCAGAGCUGCCAGAGCGGCUUUCAACACACAACAAUGUGAAUCAGGGUAUCUUUGCCUUCUAUUAAAGUUCUACCCAUUUCAUGAUUCUAUUAAGUCA